AUGUUGGCCCCGCGGACGUCUGCAAACUCUUCGCCAUAUUCUUCUUCCGGGCUACCUUCUCUCUCGUACGAAACCCCAAAAGGCGUCUCUCAGCAUUCUCCUCUGAAUAUCAACGAAUGGCAGAUACCAUGGCUAGAGGAGGGCAAGGCUCUCUCAGCAAGAAGAGAGAACCGUCUGUACGCCAGCAGGUUCCUGGCGGUGCUGCUCUGCAGCUUCUUAGCUGCACUAGCUAUACAAAUGGGCCGCCAUGGCCCACCCCGGGCUCCUGUAGCGAAAGAUUCACCUGAGGUGUCUGCGCUUACACCGGAAGGGAAAGCGUUACCUGCAGGAGAAGUUGCCGAUUCCCCCGCGAAGGCGCCGCAAGCAAAAUUGAAAGAAGACAGUGACAUAAGUGACCUUGGUUCUCCUUCUGAGGGCUCUAAAGAUAGUGAAGAGCAGAAUAUAGUCACAGAGAUAGUAUAUAUUGAUUCGCUAACACCAGAAGGACCAAAGGAACCCGAUUCACCCUUUAAGAAACGGGAGUCCCGUUUCUUGGGGUUGCCAGACAUGGACGGAGCAGAAGCUGCAAUGCCUGAAGCUGCGCUUCGUGGGAAACGUUUCCUUGCGAGUUCCGUAGGAGGAGAAGAAUCUGACGAUGAACAAGAAAAAGAAGAUGAAGAAGAGGCGGCAAUUGAGGAGGAGGGUGCAGCAGAUCCGGCUUGGGCUGCUGUAGCGAAGGCCGUAUCACACGGCGAGAGGGAAAAACUUAUAGGGGCAUCUGUUUCCCUUACAUCAAUACAACCAGUUGACGCCUCGCUGCCUUCUGGGGCCUCCGAGAGGACCCUGAAGAUCACGCGGGUGCUGGGGAGGGGCAUCAGCAGCCUGGUGGUUGAGGCGAUUGAUGAGCAGACGCAGGAGAAGUUCGCAUUGCGGCUGCAGGUGCUUGAGAAGCUGAGCUUGCCUCUAGCUGAGACAGAGAAGAAGAUGCAAACGGAAGUAGCAGGGGAAAUGCAGUGUAUACGCACGGCGGUUGAGGGGGUAGGGGCAGCGCGGGCAGCCACGAAGAGAGGAUUGGCGGUGCCUCUUUACACAGCAACAAUUGCAGGGGCCCCUGCCCUGACGACGUGUGGGGACCUGUAUGUCAGUUCAAGUGUACAGUUGAUGGAGCGGCUGCACGGGAGCGUGCAGGACAUCAUUCAGAAGCUGUGGCGCAUCCCCGCCGAGGCGAAGCUGUACAUUGCGCGGCGGCUGCUGCUGCAGGUGCUGCAUUUGCAGGCAGCAGGCAUUUCGCACAACGACAUUCGCCUGGCGAAUUGUUUUAUGCUUCCUGAUGGCUCGUUUCUGUUGGGGGAUUUCGGCGCGAGUGCUCCUUUUGGCUGCAAGAUGAGGGAGCUCUCGCGGGUGCCCAUUGCAUAUGCUGAACCGCAGCUGCUUGUUGAUUUGUACAGAUUUCUCAAUUUCAACGGCCCUUCUGCAGUCGCCAGCGCGACUGACGAUCUGUGGUCGCUAGGAAUUGUCCUUUUCGAGUUGUUUGCUGAUGGGAAACUGCCUUUUGGCCUUGCAGGCCUUCGCAACGACUUCGCCGCCAUGCAGUCUUUCGCGGAGGAUCUGCUCAAGGGGGAAUAUGAUGCGGAAGCCGCACUUGCUAAGGUUUCUGCUGAGCUGCAAAAGGCACAGGUACCUGAAAGCUGGAUCCAGUUGAUCUGCACCCUGUUGGAACCCCGGCGAAGCCGACGACCCUCCUGGGCCGCAGUCGCCGAGAGCUUCCCUGACCUGUUCCAGGUGGCGGCUGGGUAG